AUGGAGGACCACAUGACGGGCCUCAAGAAGCGUUAUGAUUGUGACUUGUGUGGCAAGGCCUGUCCUAGCCCGAGCCAGCUGGAAGUCCACCGGCGGGUUCACACGGGAGAACGCCCCUUCGAAUGCUUUGACUGCAGCAAGCGCUUCAAGUCGACGAAGGAACUGAUGGACCACCGACUGUUGCACACGGGAGAACGGCCCUUCGACUGCUUGGAGUGCGGGAAGAGCUUCAAAACGGCGCAUGUCCUGAAGGCCCACCGGCGUUUGCACACGGCAAGGGCUUUGCCUAUUUGUCGGAGCUACUGGAUCACCGGCAGGUGCACAACAUGCGGCAAGGGCUUCACCCAAUCCGCCAAGCUGCGGUCCCACCAGCAGAUGCAUGCCGGCGACCGUCCCGUCCCCAGUCCGGUGUGUGAAGAGCACUUUGCCACGGCCUCCCAAGCCCUGUCUCACCAACGCGUGCACACCAGUGGCCGGCCCUACGACUGCCCGUACUGCGGGGAGGCGUUCGACAGCUCGCGGGAGUUGCGGCAGCACAGGCGGACCCAUGCUGGCGAUCGGCUGCUCCCACUGCGGGAAGCGUUUCAAGAGCGCACGGAGACUGUGACAAAAGAACAGUAA